AAAUGAUUACACAGCAAACUACCGUAUAGACCAAAAUCACCAAAAUAGCAGACCAAUCGCACACCAAUCAAAUGUCAAUCGAAUACGAUUGGUCUUUUAUUAGUAGCAGAAUGCCCGAUAUGGUUAAAACUCCUAUUGCGAUCAUAUUGCGAUUCGAUUUCUAUUCGAUUUUGACAUUAUUAACUUAGGAAAAUCGGGCCCCUGUUGUGGCACCAAAUAUUUAGCAUUCCACUACCAUUCAACAAGAGACGCACAGUACGGACAUUCCCACACCAUCAACAUAAGACGACGCGUUUAGUUCACUUUAACAAAAAUAGGUCAGAAAACAGCUAAGCUAAUUGCUAAUGGGGCUUGCAGCUGACUGCUCCGUACAGUCUUUGUACUGUUGGUAGUUUAUCUAGUGAUGGUAGUGGAAGUCUUAGGUAUUCAUUUUGAGAAGACGCUCCGCCCCUAAAAGACGACCCAUUGACCGAAAAGGCUUGUGUAAAGAACAGGUACCUACCAUUUUGAAGAAACACUAUCAACUCUCUUAUAAAAUACUGCUGACAACAAACUUAUGUAUAAUAUUAUUAACUUAAAAACUUGUGGAAAUGUUUGUUGAUUGUCACAAACAAAACAAUUGAGUUAAUAGGUAUUUCCAAGAAGGUCGUACUAAAAAUGUUUCCGUAGUAGGUUGGGAUAGGUAUGGUUGGGAUUUUGUCAUUGAGUAUUCAAAAGAUUUUUAGAGCCGACAAAGCAAUCAAUAAAUUUUAUAUGAUCAUAUAGGAAGCCAACGCACGCGACGACCCCAACAAAAUUGGGAAAAAGGCUUGGCAAUUGAUGAUAAAUAUAAUCAAAGCCACUGAUAUGUAUUUUGAAAAAUAUAAAAACUCUCAUAAACCUUUUUUUUGGAACUUGUCUAUUGUUCGCAAGAUUUAAAUUGACAUUGAUGGAUGACUUUGCUUGACAGUGACAUUACAGUUGACAAGACAACAGCCGUUUGGUUGUUUAUUUAUUGAUUUAUGUUUUUGUCGUUAAUUAUAAACUGUUUACAGGGGAUUAUUUCAUGUUUUAAAGUUAUAUAAAAUAAAAUGGAAGGGGCAUAUAGCGACAAAUACUCUUUUAUUGGCGAAUGGUAUGACAAUCAAGCCAGCCUGAUUCGCCGGUUUACUGUGUUCUUCUAUCCUACUGAUGAUACGCUGGAAAUGUUCGACCAACGGAACCGUAAGACUUUUGUCAGAAGAGUCAAAGUACAUGGUAUUUCUUUGGAUAGUUUUUACAUUGGCUGCACUCUUUAUAUCUUGGGCAGACUUAUAAAAAUUGUUGAUUUCGCUUGUGAAGAUACAAGAAAGAAACUGCAUAAAGAUAUGCAAAUCACUUUUGUCCUCAUCAAACCAGUUCCUACAAAGAUAGCAGGAAAGAUAUUAACUCACUUCCAGGAGCAUGGGUUACGUGUUUCCAAACUGAAGAAAGCAAGGCUCACAGCAGAUGAUAUUGAUGUUCUUUAUCGGCAAACUGUUACAGAUCCAACUUUUCCGUUCAUACUAGACCACCUAACUAAUCAAUUAGUUUACGGAAUGGAGCUUGUGGGUAGGGAAGCAGUUACUGCUUGUUUGGAACUUCUUGGAGACAAAGACCCACUAAAAGCAGCUCCGGGCACUAUAAGAGCUCUUUACGGUGUUGAUCCAGUGAGGAACUGUGUCCAUGCCUCAACAAAUGCACAGGAUGCAAUUUUUGAUAUAGAUUACUUCUUCCCCCCUCCCCCCAUGCGGUCGAGUCGCCUGAGGCUGACUGCGACGCUGUCCAACUGCACUCUGUGUAUAAUCAAGCCGCACGCUAUCCGAGAGGGCAAGCUCGGCGCGGCGCUCGAAGCGAUUGACGAAGGAGGAUUCGAUGUCACAGCCCUUAACAUGAUCAUUGUGGAGAACAUUAAUGCUUCAGAAUUUUAUGAAGUUUAUAAAGGGAUUGUGCCGGAAUAUAAGGGUAUGGUGGAAGAGCUUUCUAGCGGACCCUGUGUCGCAAUGGAAAUAGUAGCAAAAGAUAAGACUGUAAACAGUGCUGUUGAAUUCAGAAAACUUGUUGGACCUGCUGAUCCAGAAGUUGCCAGACUGCUGCGCCCAUACACAAUCAGAGCAAAACUGGGUAACACGAAAGUUCAGAACGCGAUUCACUGCAGCGAUUUGGCUGAAGAUGGUCUGUUGGAAGUUGAAUAUUUCUUCAAGAUAUUAGAUCUAUAAAUGAAGGCUGAUUUCAAACUGAUAUUUUUAAUGUUACUUAACGUCAAAUUACUGCGUGAUCGUGUGAAAAGCACGGUGGUACGAUAUGUAAUAGUUAUUAUGCACCUGAUUGUGUAGCUUUAGCACCUUGAUAAAGUAAUGUUUAAAGGUUGUUUCAAUUGAUAUGAAACUUCAUUAGACAAUAUGUUUUUGCAGUCGGUAUGACCUACGGAAUAUGAAAUUAACUUGAAAUUAUAUGAAAUGAGUAUAAGCUUCUAAAAUUAAGAGUGUAAUAAAUCUAUCCAUGAUAACUUUAUACUGCCAGAUUGAGAUUUAAAUGCGGUGAGUGUGUAUGAAUUAAAGUUGUUUGAUUUAUGAUUUUCAUAAAGAACUUUCAAACUAAAAGUAGAUGAAUUCUUUUAAAUUGACGCUGUAGCAUCAAAAAAUAUUUCUUGGCAUAGCAAUUGGCAUUGGCAAGCUACUAUACGCGCUCAGACCUUUAGACUGCACAUGAAAAAAACCUCCCGUUGCUCAAUAGAUCUAAGACUCGCUCACAACACAAUAGUCUGAUGCAUGGCAUUUUUUUUUAUAACUGAGCCUAUUAAGGAUUUGCACCAUGUUGCCACCUUAAGUUUGUAUGUUAUUACAGUAACCAGCGAGAAAUAGCUAGUUAGAUAUACAGGUAUAUGCAUAUAAUAUAGAAAAUCAUUCUCUUCAAGCACUUCAAGUAGAUACCAUUUUCUGUAAUUGAGAGCGUCACAUAUUACUGCGCAAACCUACGUUUCAUACGCAACUUAUAACUGGAAAAUUGUCAAUACUCAUUCAUUACUGCUAUAAGAAAUAUUUGUCUUGAGAUUAUUAAGGUAUCGUUUAAUGUUUUAUUUUAUAAUAUGUACCUUUUAUAUGUUUUGCUGCCUUAUGUACAAUAGUUUCUGGCUAGAUGCGAACUGUUCUGACGAGUAUGACCCGGUUUCAACUCGCUGGAGCAGGUCGACAAAUAAGACUGAUAACAUUAAGUGGUUUUUGAAGCCGUAUGAUAUUGCUUACUGAAAUCCUAAUAAAACUUUGAGCAAA